CCAUCUCGUUAGAAUAAAUUGUGACUCUCAAUCUUUGCUGAACGAAAAGAUUACAAAUAACUCAGAUAUAAUAGCAAAAAUGGGAAAUAAUUUUUCAGCCUUUUUUAUCAGUAGCAAUUCGAUAAAUUGCUUCAUCAUCACCCUACUCUUAGUACUGUCGCUGUGUACUUUGGCGAGCUUUCGGGAGCGCUUGUGGUAUGCUAUCAUCCAUAAGCCGUAUUGUAAAUUCAUUACAUGUAAAUACAUGAACGACGACGAUAAAUUGUCACCGGCAUCCAAGCGUCGACUUACGCUUGUUAAGAAGAAAACUCUCAUCCUUGAUAUGGAUGAAACUCUCAUCACGUCAGUGACUAUAAAGAAAGACGGUACGAGUCCACCUUCAAGCAGAAAAUGCAAAUGGCAAGUUGUGCCAUUUGAUUUCGAGUUUGUGUUGAACGAUGUCACGAUCAAAGUGUACAAGCGGCCACAUGUGGACUACUUCCUGGAAAGGGUCUCAAAGUGGUACAAUCUAAUCAUCUUCACCGCUGGAACCGAAGAAUAUGCCACGCCUAUUCUUGACUAUUUGGAUGGUGGGCGCAACAUUCUGACACAACGGUUCUUUCGAAGCAACUGCAUAAAUGUCUAUGGGUUCAAUGCCAAGUUCGUAUCGCUGGUUUGCCCCGAUAUGGCCAAUGUGAUUCUUCUAGAUAAUUCGAUACCUGAAUGCUGUUUCAAUGUGAAUAAUGCCAUACCGAUUGCCGACAACAUCAUCGGGGACUGGGACACCAAGCUACUCAACAUACUGGGCUUUCUCGAUGCCCUUCGAUUUGUCAAGGAUGUUCGUUCCAUUUUGAAGCGUUGCAAGGUAUUGACCGCGCCCUCAUAAACUGACACAAUAUUUGUUUAAUUUUUGCCUUGAAAUAUAUUUUUAAGUGUUUUACUAAAGCUUAACCCGAAUAUAAAUGCUUUUUU